AUGACAUCGAACAGUAAAACUCCUAAAAAACACAAUUAUUUAAUUCCAACCAAACGAUCAUUAUUUUUCAAUAUCACCAGUUUAAUCCUUUGUGGUAGAGGUCUUUUUAAAUGUACACAAUUGGUAUUGCCUCCAAGUUUAAGUCAAGCCGGUCAUAAACAGUUUUUAACCAAUUUGUCAUUAGUAGCUACAAUUAUCAGCAAUUUUUUAAAUAUAAUAAAUUGGUUUGUUCAGAGGCCAAACCACAAUGGUAACCAAUUUGUUUUCAAUUACAUAUGUAGACAUUUCAUUUUACCAAUUGCUUUAACACUAGAGACAAUUGUUCCUAUAGUGUAUUGGCCAUUAAGACUAUUUGCACAAACUCUUAUAGUACAAGAAGUUCCAAAAGAUAAACCAUAUCCGCUUCCAAUCUCUACUGAUCUUUCAAUUCAUUUAUUCCCAUUCCUUUUUCUACUGAGUGACCAUUAUUUCUCUGGGUUUGGGUGUAAAUUUGAAAUAUCAAAUACUAAAGCUUGGUUCAUUGUUUCUCUUUUGGGGUUCGGUUAUUUUAAAUAUUUAUUCUUUUUAAUUGAUCCUUCCAAAGGUCAAGCAUAUCCAUACCCAUUUCUAGAUGUUGAAGAGCCUAUGAGAGCUAUAAUAUUCAUCGUUGUAUCUACUGUAUCAUGGCUUUUUUUCAUCCUUUAUCAAACCUUUCCACCAGAGACUCCUAUCCAGAAGAAUAGAGAAAGUAAGAAUACCAAGAUAAAUUAA